CUAGUCAUUGAUUUUAGAACUCCAAAUUCCAAAAGACCAAAACCCAAUAUUUACCUUUCUCUAUUUUUUUCAAAUACUCUCAAACAUCUCUCUCCUUCGUCCUUCCGCCGCCGCUGAGUCUCCGACAUGGAGAAUCUAAUCUCGCUAGUCAACAAAAUCCAAAGAGCUUGCACGGCUCUCGGUGACCAAGGCGAAGCCAGCGCAUUAUCGUCUCUCUGGGAUGCGCUCCCCUCCAUCGCCGUCGUCGGUGGCCAGAGUUCAGGGAAGUCUUCUGUCUUGGAGAGCAUUGUGGGGAAGGACUUCUUACCCCGUGGUUCUGGAAUUGUUACUCGCCGUCCUCUUGUGUUGCAGCUUCAUAAGAUUGACAGAGGUAGCAGUGAAUAUGCGGAGUUUCUCCACCUUCCGAGGAAAAGGUUCAUAUAUUUUGCUCUUGUAAGAAAGGAAAUUGCAGAUGAGACAGAUCGUGAAACUGGUCGCACCAAAAUGAUCUCCAGCAUUCCAAUUCAUCUUAGUAUAUAUUCUCCUAAUGUUGCCAACUUGACACUUGUUGAUCUUCCUGGGCUUACAAAAGUUGCUGUUGAGGGUCAGCCAGAUAGUAUUGUGCAGGACAUUGAAAAUAUGGUUCGCUCCUAUAUUGAGAAGCCCAACUGUAUAAUAUUAGCAAUUUCACCUGCUAAUCAAGAUCUUGCUACAUCUGAUGCAAUUAAAAUCUCUCGUGAAGUGGAUCCAACAGGGGAGAGGACAAUCGGAGUCUUGACAAAAAUUGAUCUUAUGGACAAGGGUACUGAUGCAGUUGAAAUAUUGGAAGGAAAGUCUUAUCGCCUAAAAUUUCCUUGGGUUGGGGUCGUGAAUCGCUCUCAGGCAGAUAUUAACAAGAAUGUUGACAUGAUUGCUGCUCGGCGUAGAGAACGUGAAUAUUUUUCAGGUACCCCCGAAUACAAGCACCUUGCUCACAGAAUGGGUUCUGAGUAUCUAGCGAAAAUGCUUUCUCAGCAUUUGGAAACUGUAAUUAAGACAAAAAUCCCAGGCAUCUGGUCCCUUAUUAACGAGACCAUUAUUGAACUUGAAACUGAACUGAGUCAUCUUGGAAAGCCCACUGCGACUGAUGAUGUAGGGAAACUGUAUGCAAUCAUGGAUAUUUGUCGUCUAUUUGAUGAAGUAUAUAAAGAACAUCUUGAUGGCGUCCGUCCUGGAGGUGAAAAGAUUUGCUAUGUUUUUGAUAAACAACUUCCUGAUGAUCUGAAAAAAUUGCAAUUUGAUAAGCAACUUUCAGUGGAAAAUAUAAGAAAGGUCAUUACCGAAGCUGAUGGGUAUCUACCUCAUCUAAUAGCUCCCGAACAAGGAUACCGUCGUCUCAUAGAAUCCUCGGUAAUUAGUAUAAGAGGUCCUGCUGAGGCUGCAGUCAAUGCUGUUCAUGUCCUUCUGAAGGAUCUUGUUUACAAGGCUGUAAGUGAGACUCCGGAGCUAAGGCUGUAUCCUGGUCUUGAAGCAGAGGUAAAAAAUGCAGCUUGCGCGUCACUUGAGAGAAUGAGAGCAGAAAGCAAGAAAGCAACACUACAGUUAGUUGAUAUGGAGAGUUAUUACCCGACAGUUGAUUUCUUCCGUCAACUUGACAAGGGUGGCAACCUAGUUGAUUUCUUUCAUCAACUUCCUCAAGAUGUUUUUCGUCAACUUCUUCAAGAUGUUGGGAAGGGUGGCAACCCAGUUGAUUUCUUGCGUCAACUUCCUCCAGCUGUUUUUCGUCAACUUCUUCAAGAUGUUGACAAGGGUGGCAACCCAUCACAUCCACUGUCUGAUAGAUAUAAUGAAUCUUAUCUCAAGCGAAUUGGGUCAAAUGUUCUCGGCUAUGUCAAUAUGGUUCGUGCAAGUUUACGCAACUCUAUUCCCAAAUCUGUUGUUUAUUGCCAAGUCAGAGAGGCAAAACGAAGCUUACUGGUCCGUUUCUUCACCGACUUGGGUAAAAUGCAGACGAAGCAGUUGUCAUCUUUGCUGGAUGAGGAUCCGGCAGUUGUGGAGAGGCGUACUGCCCUUGCGAAAAGGCUGGAGUUAUACAGGAGUGCUCAGGCAGAGAUGGAUACAGUUGCUUGGUCUGAGUAGACUAGGAAUGACAACCCGGGCGAUGCCGUGGGGAAGCAUUUCUGCGUUAUGUUCGCUAAAUUUCAUAUGUUUAAUUUUUAAGUGUUUGAUUCGCAAAGAUAACUAAGAUGUGAUUAAAUGAAAACGGAAAGUUGUUGCAUAUUCAAAGUAAAGCUCCUUCGAAAAAAGAAAAUGUAAAGCCUCCACCGCCCUGAGAGAAGUGGAAACUGUGUAACAUACUGACAUGUGAAACAAAGCAAAGACAGAGAGCCAUCGAAUCAAACCCAAAAAACAAUAAAUUGCAUAUAACGACCCUUCCAUUGUAACAAAGGAUUCCCCUUUUUUGUGGAAAAGGCCAAUAAAAACAGGACCUAGAGCAUUUAAAUUUUGAAA